AAAUUUUCCUUAGUCACGAACCGGUCGCAGACCUAUAAACAAACGUGUUUUUUUUUUAAAAAAUCAUUUCUGUACUUUUGAAAUAAAUUUUCAAUUUAGUACUUAAUGAAAAGGGAUAAAAAAUAUUUUGUCGAUAGUGUGAGAAAGUGACAUUAAUAUCAUCAAACUAUUGUCAUAAUUUAUAAUUAAUUACUAUCAUAAUUUAGGAUUAAUUUUCAUUAUUUCAAUAAAAGAAGAUGUUACGUCCAAUAUUAUAUUACACACUGACGAGUCCUCCAAGUAGAAGUUCACUUCUUUCAGCUGCUGCAAUUGGUCUCAAUUUGGAACUUAAAGAUGUUAAUCUGGCUAAAAGAGAACAUCUUAAACCGGAAUUUCUAAAGAUGAAUCCUCAACAUACUUUGCCUACCUUGGAUGAUAAUGGAUUUAUUUUAUGGGACAGCCAUUCUAUUAAUACUUAUUUGGUUGGAAAAUAUGGUAAAAAUGAUAAACUUUACCCGAAGGAUCCUACUUUACGAGCAAAAGUUGAUCAGUGCAUGUAUUUUGAUUGUGGCUCACUUUUUUAUGCAAUGUCAGUCAUAUUCAUUAGACCAGUUUUGUAUAAAGGUGAAAAAAGCAUUGCAAAGAAUGAAAUGUAUUUGAUAAAGGAUGCGUAUAAAGUUUUAGAAAAAAUGCUAGAUGGUAAAGAGUGGUUAGUUGGAGACUCUUAUACAUUGGCUGAUAUUUGCAAUGUAUGCUCAAUUUCUACACUUGAGCUUCUCAAACCUAUUGAUGAUUAUCCAAAUAUUAAAAAAUGGGUUAAAAAAUGCGAACAAAAUAUUCCUGGUUAUGCAGAAUGGAAUACACCUGGUGUGGAUAAAUUUCGUCAAAUUAUGAAACCACCGACAUCCAAUUUGUAAGUGUUUGUUAUAAAAGAAUUGUGAAACAAAAAUAUAUGAUUCUUUAUAUUUUUUUAUAAUAAAUGUUUAAAUUUCCUGUUAAAUCAUGAGAGGGAGAAAAAAAAAGAAGAGAAUAAAAUUACAUUUUUGAAAA